AUGGACAAUUGGAUUGGAGAAGAGACGCAAGGAGUUGACGGAGGCACAUACAGGCAGAGAGAGCAGUCCUUCAGAGACUUGGCCGACUUGCGAGAGCAGCUGAAAGAGGUUGAUGAGAAGACUGGGGGAGUAUUGUCGAAAGCCUGGGCCGAUACAGUGACACACAUGAUCGAAACGAUGAACGGUAGCCCGACUGAAGUGAAUAUCCGUCGCGAUCCCGAUCCGGAAUUUCCCCGUGUUGUCGCUGCCUCGGUAGAAGUCCAACAUGUUACUCCAUUAAAUCCUAGACAGGCACAUGUCGUCAGCUCCCUGUUAUCAAACGUUGAAACAGACAAUCUGCCGGACGACGAGCCUCCCACCGAACCCGCACCGACCCUCUCCCGCCAAACUACCCAAGAUUUCCAGAGCCUUUACAGUAGGCGCGGGAGUGGUGAUGACGGCUUCUACGUGCAAGAAGGUAACUGUGAGAAAGGUGAAGCUGAGGGUGUCACGGAUGAUGGAAAGGCAAACGCUUUCAUGUCUUUCAACAAGACAGAAGAAGCGGAUGGCAAGGUCUCGAGUUUCACGUACUACACUUCUACUGCUGUCGGGGAUGGUGGUGGGGGUGUCAGACGUGGGUUCAGGAUUGAUUAG